AUGGUAACCGUCUCACAUAGCACCGAGGACCUGUUGCAGCAUUUGACGCCGGAUGAGGUCGAAGAGUUCCGCGAGGCGUUCGUCAUGUUCGACAAAGAUGGCAACGGCACGAUCUCGACCAAGGAACUGGGUGUUGCCAUGCGUUCACUGGGCCAAAAUCCGACAGAACAGGAGCUGAUCGAGAUGAUCAACGAAGUGGACAUCGACGGCAACGGCCAGAUAGAAUUUCCCGAGUUCUGUGUCAUGAUGAAACGGAUGAUCAAGGAAACAGAUUCAGAGAUGAUACGUGAAGCGUUCCGAGUUUUCGACAAAGACGGCAACGGAGUGAUAACCGCUCAAGUAUGA